AUGGCUGGUUUUCUUGCGUACCACGAACCUGGUAUUGUCGAGAUAUUGAUUAUUAUAUCGUUUUUCUUCCUUCUAUCGUUAGCAGAAUGGAUCUCGACUAAGAUCAUUCGGGCCGGUAUUAUUGGCCAAAUUGCUGUCGGAAUUAUAUAUGGGAAACCCUUGGCCAAUAUUUUGGAGUAUCCAUGGCAGCAGACGUUCCUCGCCAUUGGGUACGUUGGCUUGAUCCUGAUCAUAUUUGAAGGUGGCCUGCAAGUGAGACUGGAUCUCUUGAAGCAAAACUUUCUCCUUAGCACCCUCGCAGCGGCUACCGGUGUCCUUUUCCCGAUUGGACUUUCCUACCUACUAUUAUACCUGGGGUAUGGAUAUGGCGCAGUUGAGACUUUCAUCAUUGGUGCUGCGCUCUCGGCGACUUCCUUGGGCACUACUUUCUCCGUUAUUUCUUCUGCUGCGAGUGCGAUUGAUCUUUCACAAACUCGAGUUGGCUCAGUACUUGUGAGUGCCGCUGUGAUUGACGAUGUGGUGGGCCUUGUGUUGUCUAGCGUCAUUGGAGACUUGGGAGAGCUUUCUGGGCCCGAUGCUGGCCACGUAAAUCUCGGCUGGAUCAUCGGUCGACCAAUCGUAGCCUCUGCGGCCAUGGCAAUCCUCACGCCGAUUUUCACGAAGUGGAUCUUUGCACCGAUUUUCCGACGCUGGAUUGAGCACAAGUUUGCAAGGUUUGACCAUGUUUCUAACAUCCUCUUGAUGGUGUUGGUCUUAUCUGCCUUCAUCAGCAUUGCUGCAUAUGCAGGCACGUCGGUCUUAUUCGGUGCAUUCCUUGCUGGUACGUUUCUCACGUACUUGCCGAGCACGCAUCCAGAUGGUCCAUUUGUCGUGAUGAGCCGUGAAGAGGGGGAGCGAAACGCCGACAAGAGUCCCAAAUUCAUUCAUACCUUCGAGUUGUACCUCCUUGAUACCCAGAAGUAUCUCAUGGAGCCACUUUUCUUUGCCAGCAUUGGGUUUGCAAUUCCAUUUGUGGAGCUUUGGACAGGAGAACGAAUUUGGAGAGGAAUUCUGUUUACAUUGCUCAUGGCAUUUGCGAAAUUCAUUGUCGGGCUAUGGAUUCCUUUUUGGAAAUUCUUGAGCUCGUCGAAGGGUGACUCUGGCGCAGCCCUUGCUUCGCCGACAGCCAACAAGAAAAAUGGAUAUGGUCCAGCAUCACUGGCUGGGCUACUUCUUGGUUCGGCGAUGGUGGCACGAGGUGAGAUUGGGCUUCUUAUCAUAGAGGUCGGGUAUAAUGAAACGAGCUAUGUGAGUCAAGACGGCUUCAUCACCGCGGUGUGGGCUAUCCUUCUCAAUACCAUCAUUGGCCCCGUAAUCGUGGGCAACUUGGUCAAAUAUCGUGGGAAGCGAAUUGGAGAGGGUGAAUGGGGAUUGCAGACACAAGAACAGCCCCUGAUACCAAACCCCAGCGGGGCCCGGGCAUGA